AGGCACGCUUGCGUGCAAGUCGCCCUUUUGUCAGUUACCUGUGUUACGCCAUAAGUCAGAAUUUCAUCAUCAUAAGAUAGGCAGUCAAUAGUUCCUGCCUUGGUGAGUAUCUUAUCUACGUAACAAAGUCCUACUCUAGGCAUAUAUAAACCGGCUGCUUUCGCGUCUUCUACAUCUCAACCAUUCAUCUCUCUCCUCAUCACACAGCAAGCAAGCAAGCAAGCAUUAGCAAACCACCUAUAACCAAAUCACCAAUUUAAAUAACUUCACCUAAAUCAAUCAUCAUGGACGCUCUCAAAAACCUCGGUGGCAACAAGGGUCAGGGAAUGACCAGCAACCAGGCUACCACCGCUCCCGCCGGCGGCCAAAAGGACGACUAUGGUGACAAGGCCGCCCAGUACCUCAACCACAAGUACAAUAACGACAAGCUAGACCGCAGCCAGAUGGAGAAGAUUACAGAUGGCGCUCGCGAGGGCUUUGAGAAGCUCACUGGAAAGAAUGUCCCCUCGAAGAUCUCCAACUAGAUCGUUUUAAUGAUACCCACGAACGUAAUGGAAGCCUGUGUAUUAGUACGGUGAUUGACGGAAUGCUGGAAUUGCAGGGGUCAAUUGAAUAAUUACUAUCAAUAAUAAAGAAAACCCUUACCAAUA